AAAAAAUUUGAACUCUUUCUUUUACAUGAAAUAAGAAUUUGAAAAUUGUUUUUUCCCUCUCAAAAAUCGCAGCUCAACACUGUCCAUAGAUUUUGAAAAUUUGCAGCGCAGGUAACUGAGAAUCACGUUUGAAGCAGAAAAGCGCAAUGGAGAAGAAGCUUCGUUCAUCUCUUCACUCUUCACCUCAAGAAUUCAUCUCCUUAGCCAUAAUCCAAACCCUAAAAUCUUCAAAACCCUCCCUCAAAACCCUAAUCCAUUCCAUUAAACCCUCCUCCAAUCUCAUUUCUUCUCUCCCUCCGUCUCUCUGCGACUCCAUCACCUCCACCAUCCAAUCCUUCCAGAACCUUUUACAAUCCAACUCCGACAACCCUCAAACCCCUCUCGCCAACACUCUCCGCCGCUCUUCUCGCAAACCCAACGCCGGCACUGAACAAAAACCCCGACCCGAUAAAAAGGGAAAACUCCUCCAACGUCUUCAAAUUCUCACUCACGUUUUGUCUCUAUGCGUUUCGCACCCUAAGAAAGUUUUCGGUCCCUCCGAUUUGCUUCCCGGAGUUCAAGCUUUGCAUGAUAAUUUAAUUGUGUUGGAAGCAGAUUCUGUUUUGUCUUCAGGGAUCGGGACGCUCUGUGAAGGAUGGUGGAAGGAGAAUUUAGUAGGUCGGGAGUCGUUGAUUUCUCAGACACUUCCUUUUCUUCUCUCGAGGACGUUGACUUUGAAGAAGAAAGUGGAUGUGCACAGGGUUUACAUGCUUCGUGAAGCGUUUUCUCUGUUUGAUUUUGAAGAUGAUAGCAUUGAGGAUUUGAAGCUGUUGCUGAAUCGGAGUGUGAUUUCGCCUUUAUUUUUGAAAACUGAAGAUGGAAGAAAGUUUCUGUCGUUUCUCUUUGGGCUGAGUGAUCAACUUAGGAAGGAACUGUUGGCAAUGAUUCGUUCGCAGAUUCCGUUUGGAAGGAAGUCCAUGUUGGAGGCUUAUGGAGAUAUAUUGUUUCGAGCAUGGAAAGCUGCCCCGGAAGAUUCAAGGAGUGAAAUUGAGAACGGAUUCUUGCAGGAUUUGGUUGAGGGUUGUAUUCAUGCAAGUUCUGGAUCUUUUGCUUCAUAUAUUAGGAGGGUUUUGGGAGGUUUUAUCAACCAGAGGACCGUUGACGGGAUUGAGAAACUACUCUAUCGACUUGCCGAGCCUGUCAUAUUUAGAUCUCUACAGGCUGCAAACUCAAAUGUUCGUCAAAAUGCUUUGCACCUGCUAUUGGAUGUAUUCCCCCUUGAAGAUCCUGAUGCCCCAAAAGGGGAUAAGGAUACAUUGAUCGAUAAACAGUUCUUUUUGUUAGAAAGGUUGCUUGUCGACGAUUGUCCGGAAAUUAGAACAAUUGCUGUUGAGGGUUCGUGUCGUGUCCUUCAGCUAUUUUGGGAAGUUAUCCCGUCGCCAAUUAUUACGAAGAUGCUUUCAAAAAUAAUUGGUGACAUGUCUCACGAUGUAUGCAACGAGGUAAGGCUUUCUACGUUGAAUGGCAUCAUUUAUUUGCUUGAGAAUCCCCACUCGCAUGAAGUACUUAAAGUGCUCUGUCCAAGACUCGGGCACUUAAUCCAGGAUAAUGUGCUCACGGUACAAGUCGCUAUGGCAGAUCUCUUGCUCCAUCUAAAGGAUGUCCCAAAUUUUCAGUUUAAUAAGGUGGUGGAUCUCAAUUUGCUUUUAUCCGAGCUUGCUAGUGAUCAACCUUCUGUAGCCCAGAAGAUAACUAAACUUCUUAUACCUUCUUACUUUCCCUCAGUAGUGCCCCUUGAGGAGGCAUGUAAUCGCUGCAUUACACUUGUAAAAAGGGCUCCACUGGCUGGUGCAAUAUUUUGCAAGUAUGCCAUCUUGGAAGGAGCGUCUAAAACUCGUCUUAUGGAACUUGUAAACAUAUUUCUGAGUUUGGUUUUGUCACCAGAUAAGCUGAAUGCAGAUCUGAUAGAGGGCUUUCUUGUCGCUGCUAGCUACCUUUGUGAUAACUUAACCUGUGAAGCAUGCUAUAAGAAUCUCCUCAAAGAGUUCAUUACUGCAGAGAAAGUGAAAGGUUUACUGACUGCGGCAUCUACUGAACAAGCUCAAUCAUCUUUAUUCAACAUUUUCUCCACUGUCUGUCCAGAUAACGUUGAAGGACUUCUAGAGGAGGGCAUGAGUGUUGUCACAAACUGCAGUGGUUUACCCGAAGAUGUUGAUCGCCAAUCUAAAGUUAGGUCUGCACAUAAGUUGUUGCUUUCUUUGGGAGGUUUUGAUGACAUGUUCGAAGCAUUAACGACCCUACUGCAUAAGGCUGCUUAUCGCUGUCACGUUAAAUUUGGUGCAGACAUGCCAUCACAGAGUGUUAAUUCUAAAUCAUUUGGAAAACUUUCAGUUAAAUCUAAAUCAUUUGGAAAACUUUCAGUUGAAUCAAGUGUUAAAUCUAAAUCAUUUGCAAAACUUUCAGUUGAAUCAAGUGUUAAAUCUAAAUCAUUUGGAAAACUUUCAGUUAAACCAAAGACAGUUAACCAAAAGCAAUCUUUUGAAGAUGAUUAUGUUGUAGCUGUUGGUGUAGCAUGGCAAAUUAGAGACUUGCUGCAGCAUGAGGAUACCAGGAAAGCUAUAUUUAAAUCUCAACCUUUAGAAAAGUUGUUUUUUUCACUUAAGAUGGUAUCUGAAAUCAGCAUUGUGAAUUGUGGGAAGUAUGAAUAUAUAGACGUAUCACCUGUUUUGGCAUAUAUUGCCCUUGCUCUGCAAAUGACGGUUGAUAAUGUUGGCCGAAGUAGGGUAAAAAGUGGCAUGAAGAGGAAGAAAUGUAACAUUGAUUCUUCAACAUUACUUUCAGAGACUGUAUUGGAUCUGACAAUUGAACACAUGCUGGACUGCUUAGAAAAACUAUUUGGAUCGGAUGACUCUAUACAAAGUCACAAGGUGGGUUCAUCCAACUUGAAAUCAACAUCAGGUAAAAAACAAAAUUCCACAAAUAGGCGAAGGGUGUCUCUGACAAAUGCUGGCUGCCCAAGAGGAUCUGUACAUAAUGAAGCUCAAUAUGUACUUUGCAAGGUGAAGAUGCUUACUGCUGUUCUCAAGUUCAUUGCUGAUACUGCUGCAAUGUGUUUUGCUCCUCAUAACCAAGGAUUAUUUUUGAAGUAUACAUCAAAAUGCAUUCGACAUAUAGUGUCUUCAUUGAACCAUCUUUUUCAUAACAAAAUUCAAUUCCAUGAAGAAGAUAAAAAAAAUACUAUAAUUUGCCUAAAAAGCUCUUUCAGUUAUGCUGCCAAGAUACUCAAUGUGAUUCUGGCUGGUUCUGAUGGAUCCUCCAUUACAGCAUCAAAAGCCUUUAAUCUUGCCAAUAACUUACUUGAUUUAAUUGUUUCAAUAGAAUCAUGUUUAGGCUCUGUAUAUGCGUCACGUCUUGUUUCAGCAGCAAGGCCUUGGCUACCUGAUAUGAUUUUGGCAUUGGGGUCUCUAAGUGUUCUACAAGAUACUGACAGUGAAAGCGAACAUGCAACUGUAUCUGAACAAAUGAAGUUGCGUUUUCCAAAAUGGCCUUUGGUCGUAGUCAAAACUGUGCUCUCUGCAGUGAAUGAAGGUGAAGGAGAUGUUGAAAGUUCUCAGACAGAUAAAUGCCCAGCAUUCAAUAAACUUCUGGCCAUGCUGAUUAUAUUACUAAAAAAGAAUCGAAGUAUAAUGGAUGCAGUUGGAAAUGUUUUCCUGGUUUGUUCACUUGUUGGGCUAGAACGAAAGGACUUUGAGCUGGCAUUAGGACUCUUGCAGUUUGUAUGUUCCAAGUUGUUUAACAGCGAUGACAGGGAUUGGGGUGACAUGAUGCUGUCUUCUCUGCAAGAAAUAUAUCAUAAGAUAGAGCAGCAAAUGAAAGAAGAUAGAAACGACGAUGAACUGGAGAAAUUAUUGCAUGCAAAGGAGUUGCUUGAACCUCUCUGGAACUACCAUCUAUAUGAAAGUAGAAAGGUUGAAAUGACUGAUGUCUAGAAUUAGUUUUUUCUUUGUUUUGUAUGUCUAUUUGUAGGAAUUUGACAGUACAAUUUACCAAGACCUUUAGAUACCGGAUGUAUAUACUGUAUGCUUUUGCAAUGCAACUGAAAGUAUAACACAACGAUAUUUAGUUUUACAAUUUGUUAACA